AUGGACAAGGAUAAUACCAACUCGUUAUACUACCAAAACCGCUGUGGUUCCGGCCGACUGAUGUUUCGAACUGAGCUGGUACGCGAUUACCGUGGAUGCCGAGACGAUAGUUGGGAAUCAAACGGACUUGAUUCGAACAGCAGAGAGAACACCGGAGGGCCUAGUCGCUUGGACAACGAGCAUUCCCGCAGCGUCGGUGCCAGUGGUGACUCGGACCCAACGCCCGAUUUGCGACCCUCCCCGCCGGAGCCCAACAAAGUACUGCUCGUGCACGGGCUAGACCGAGUGCCCGUCAACUGCGAUAGGGUGUUCAAUCUGUUUUGCCUGUACGGAAACGUGACGACGGUGAAGAUCCUCAGAGACGACAAAGUGCUAGUCGAGAUGGAAGACGUGGAAGCCGCCAGACGGUGCGUGUCCAACUUGCACAUGCUUCAGCUGGACGACGACGUCUUCAUGAAAGUCAAGUAUUCCAAACAUAAUUUUAUUCACGAUCAAGUCAAUUUCAACAUACUGGCUGACGGUACGCCCGCUCAAAAAGUUUACUUGUCGAGCACAUUGAAUAGAUUCGUCCCGAACGUAUCGUGCCCGGACAAACGUCGUAUUGCAGCCCCGUCCAAAAUUUUACAUUUUUUCAACGCGCCGACCGACGUGUGCGGCAAAGCAGUGCAUAGAGCUGUGUCGGACGCACUGUGUCGUACGGAUGCGAUACGUUCCAUAACUAUCCUACCCAAAAAACCGAAAGCCAAGUGUUCGACGGGAUUGAUCGAAUUGAAAAAUAUGGCGUUGGCAGCGAGGACCGUUUUAUUGGCAAACCACAUGACGAUUGAAUCGACAGUGUCCAGAUUUCCGUUUUUGACAAAACUGUGUUUUUCGAAAUGGUCGGCUAUCGAACAGAAAUCCGGAGACCCGACGACGCUGCAGUUCCGUUCGGUGCCGCGCACGCCGUGGCUGCUGCACAAGUCCGAGCACGGCGUGCCCACGACGGAAUUUCCGAUCUCCCGUACGACCAUGGUGGACGGCUGUGGCGGCGGCGAUUGCAUGUGGACACUGUGGGUGGUAACCGCCGCGCAGAAGAACUGGCAACAGCCGCAGCAGACGUCGCAGGCGACGGAUGAGUCGGCGGUCUCGACGACGGACGCCGCGACCGACUGCGACCCGCCACGUGCGUCAGACCCGAUCGUCCGUCGCAAUCUGAUGGCCGCCGAAAACGCCGAUUUGGUGUUCGAUCUCAUCGACAUGUUGAGGAACCGUCUGUGCGACUUCAGCAACGACCGGGGCGACGUGCUGUGCGGUCGGGCGGCAGUGACGCCGCCGGUGCGAGUCGAACGCGAUGGCGCGUCCACCUCCGCAUCCGCCAUCACCGUUUCGACCGGUGACGCCGCGAGCCAAUCGGGACCGCCGGGUGGCGCGUGA